UGUUUUUGUCGUCCAUGUUUUCUGAGCCUUGUAAUUGUAAUUUAAAGAAAUUCAGGCAGAUCACUUGAAAUCCACGUUUUUCUUACUACGAUCACAUUUGACCUGUGAAAAGGAAAGUGUGUUUAUGCCUUUUAAUAGUUGUUUUACAAUACAAAAUGCCAAUUUCCCUUUUAUUUUGCGGUUAGCAUACUGGCGCUAGCAUUAGCGCGUUAGCUAGUUAGCUAUCUAUGUCUAACUUGGCCUGUUCAGUUCAUUUUUCACUCUGUCUAUUGAACUCCUUUUGGAUUAAAGUUGAUGGACGACAACUACUCUCCUCAGUCGUCAAUGGAGGACUGCAUAGCUGCGUCUGGGAAGCGACAUGCAACAUCUUGAGAUGAGUCCCAGACCCGAGGCCUAACCACACAACCCCAGGAGGACGACGGGGAGAGCGAAACAAGCCCCCAGUUACUCGCCAGUAUAUCAUGUGCCGGACGAUUAAGAGGGACACGCUACAGGGACGAUGACGAUGAUGAUGAUGAUGGCGAUGGAGCUGGAAGGAAGGAGGCGACUUUAUCUGGGAGUCAUGUCGUUUCGGGAAAAGACUGUGAUAUCUCCCGAGCUGAGGAUUUGAUUUUGGACCGCAAGGCAUCAAGUGUGGAGCGGGGAAGGAGGAGGAGGAGGAGGGGGGAGAAGAAGAAAGAAAAAGAAAAGUUGCAAAGAUCCGAUCACGUCAAGCAGAUCGUGUGGAAGCAGCGUGGAGAAGUUGCCGGAGUUUGACACGGACGAAACCCUCCAAGGCGCGGAGACGUACUGCGCAAUGCGCCGCGCGUAAAGACAAGGACUUUGGAUAAAAGCUCUUUUUUCUCUCUCUUUUCUUCAAGAGACACAGAAGUCGCAGGGGUUGAUAAGCGGGAGAUAAGGGUGUAGAUCCCCCCCCCCCCCCCCCCCCCCCGUGUGUCUGCGUCUCUGCGUCUCUGUCCCCUGCUGCCGGAGGGCGAUGGGGGCCGCGCCGGGCUCGGGCUGGGAGGAGGGCGAGUUCGAGUUCAAGCUGGUGUUCGAGGAGGAGCCGCCGCCGCGGCCGAGCCAGGGGCCGUCGCCGGUGCGCACAGCCGAGCCGGAGAGCUCCGGUGCCGCGGAGGACCGCGAGGGCGCCCUGCUGCGCCUGGAGCCGGCCAGCGGCAACAGCAGCCUGGUAACAGACAACCACUCGGCUUCCUCUCAUGCAGUUCACCCAAUCUGCAUCCCCAGCCCGCCUCCCUCGGCCAGUCAGCGGGCCGGGAUGCAUUCCCCGCCUCCGAGAAGGGCCCAGGUCAGGGAGUUCAGCGGGACCUACGAGAGCCUGCCAGCGCGCUCUGUGCAGGUUUCAGAGUCUCGUGUGGUCGAGUGUCCAAGCAUCCAGAUAACCACCAUCUCCCCGGAAGACGACGCAGCACCCACCAUUUCCAGCUACUGGGACAUGGGUGGCGGCGGCGGUGGGUGGGACCGAGAACGCCUCUACCUCCCCCUGCUGGACCCCUUUUCCUACCGUGAAAGAUGCCCGGGCUCCCUCAGCCCCAGCCCCGCCUCCAGCCCCUCCUCCCGCGGCUGGCUCAGCCCCGCCUCCAGCUGCGACUCCCUGCUGGUCGAGGAGGACGAGCUCAACGAGGCCGCCAUCAAUUUGGGGCUCUCGCCGUCGUCAAGGCCCACUUCCCCCGGGGGUAAAAAGCGCAGAAACUCCCCUCUGGCCUCCCCCUGCACCUCGCGGAGGGGCAGUUACUCAGAGGAACUGCAGGGUUACAACCUGGAGGGCGGAGACUCCAACCCUCAGUCGCAAGCUCCGCCCGGCAGCUGUGAGCUCAGCAUCCCGCAGAAAACCAGGAAGACGUCAUUGGAGCAGCUGUCGUCCAGGGAGGUGGAUCAGGAGCAGGCUCCGGGCCACAGCUCCCCCUGCCCGCCGCCAGAGAGCCAGCAGACCAGGAGAGAGCCCCCUCCGCUGGGCAUGGACUACCUCUCUGUGCCCCCUGCCCUGGCCUGGGGCCGGACCCGGGCCAGUGCCCACAGCCCUCUGUUCAGGUCCAACGCGCUGCCGCCACUCGACUGGCCGCUGCCGUCCCAGUUCGACCAGUACGAGCUGCGCAUCGACGUGCAGCCGCGCCCACACCACAGAGCCCACUACGAGACCGAGGGCAGCAGAGGAGCCGUCAAGGCUGCGCCGGCGGGACAUCCUGUCGUCAAGCUGUGUGGAUACACGGAGAGGAAACCGCUCUCUCUGCAGGUUUUCGUUGGAACAGCUGACGACAGAUCCAUCCGGCCGCAUCCUUUCUAUCAGAUACACAGGGUGACGGGGAAGAUGGUGGGCACUGCCAGUCAUGAGAGCGUUCAGGCCGGGACCAAGCUGCUGGACAUCCCCCUCAACCCAGAGAACAACAUGACUGCACUCAUCGACUGCGCCGGGAUCCUGAAGCUGAGGAACUCGGACAUCGAGCUGAGAAAAGGGGAAACGGACGUCGGCAGGAAGAACACGCGCGUUCGCUUGGUGUUUCGUACCCACCUCCCUCUGGCGCCCCCUGUGGCGCCGCCUGGCCGGGUCCUGGCUCUGCAGGCUGCCUCGCUGCCCAUCGAAUGCUCCCAGCGUUCGGCCCAGGAGCUGCCCGUCAUCGAGUCCGUCAGUCUCACUUCCUGCUGUGUGGAGGGCGGAGAGGAACUUCUGCUGAGUGGCACCAACUUCCUGCCGAUCUCCAGGGUUCUUUUCAUGGAGAGGGGGACAGAUGGUAAAUUGCAGUGGGAGGAGGAGGCUCAUGUCGACCGUGACAACAGCAACGAGUGUUUGUUGUGCGUGAGAGUUCCCGCCUACAGCGACCUGUCCGUCAGUCGGCCCGUGUCGGUCAGCCUGUACGUCUCCAACGGGAAGAGGAAGAGAAGCAGCACUCACUGCUUCAAGUAUCUGCCCAUAAUGUUUAAAGAGGAGGACCCUCUGCUGCCCCGGCCCUCUGUGCUGCCACUGGACAGGGGGACCGUGUGUUCUGUCGAGGGCCAGCUCAGGAUGGACGGGGGCUUCCACGUGAGGGCCGACACUGGGGCCGAUGAUCAAGGUCUGGGCUUCCACUUGCCCCCCUACCCAUCCACCUACUCUCCUCCCUGCCCCAUGAGCUACCACGAGGAGUACUGCUCUAAGCCCGAUGGCGCGCUGGAGGAGCCCGGUGGAUCCAGGGCGGCGCUCUCCGAGCGUCACCCCAGCUUCGAGAACCUGGAGCUGGGCUUCACCGAGCUCCUUCCCCCCCUGUACCCCCGCGGGCCACAGCCGCCCUCCCCUUCUCCUUCCCCGUGGCUGGACUCACCCUACCUGUCCUCCUCACCCUCUCCCUCCCACUCCUCCUCUCUCAGCCCGUUCCCAGCCAGCAGUCCUAUCUCAACCUCCCCUCUGCCUCACAUCGCCACCUCCCCUUACCCCCAGUACUCCGCUUAUCCUCAGGAGAUGUGUCCCUCCCCUCCCUCCAACCCCAGUCCCUAUCAGGACAUGUACCCGGCGCCUUACUCCCAUUACGACGGCUGGGAUCCCCAGGGCCGGGUGGUGGGGAUGGGACACGGUGGAGAGAGGGAUGCCAAGAUCCAGGAGUGCCCCCUGGAGUUUACCAGCUCAAUGUCUAUGCACCACAUUACCUUUGAAGAAGUGUCGGAGUUCAUCGGCGAGGACAUCCAGUCCUACCAGUCGGCCUCGCAGAUGGACAACCAGCCCAACUGAGCGAGCCGAUGACCAGCAGCAAUUGAAAUCCUCUCUAUGCACUCGGUGUUCGGAUGCGUCGCUCCGGUCGCGCGUGGCGCCGACAGGGGAACUUGGAUCACCAGGACGCCGUUGUAAUUAUGACCACAUGCCGCUGUUACAGUUUUAUAAAGGGAAACUAAUGUUUUUUGACAUGUUUUCAUUAUAAAUUAUACAAGAAAGUG